UUUUACUCCAGUACAACCGGUGGGGUGGAAACGCCACUGAUCUAUCCGUUGAUUUUCCAGGAACCGCCGACAGAUUGACCUAGUAGCAGCUACUGUCGAGCCUUUUUAGCAAUUUGUCAGUUAAACUAGACUAUUCGACACUCGGAACAAAAUGGGCGAUCGGGAUGAUUUAGUAUAUCAGGCAAAACUCGCCGAACAGGCUGAGAGAUAUGACGAAAUGGUGGAGUCCAUGAAAAGAGUGGCCGGGUUGGAUGUGGAACUAACAGUCGAGGAGCGAAACCUACUAUCAGUGGCCUACAAAAAUGUCAUUGGGGCGAGGAGAGCAUCAUGGAGGAUAAUCAGCAGUAUUGAACAAAGGGAAGAAAACAAGGGUGGAGAAGACAAAUUGAAAAUGAUCCGGGAAUACAGGCAAACAGUUGAGAACGAGCUGAAGUCAAUCUGUAAUGACAUUUUGGAUGUGCUGGACAAGCACCUUAUUCCAGCUGCCAACACGGGAGAGUCCAAGGUCUUCUACUACAAAAUGAAAGGCGAUUACCACAGGUAUCUGGCUGAGUUUGCCACCGGGAACGACAGGAAGGAGGCUGCAGAGAACAGUUUGGUCGCCUACAAAGCUGCGAGCGACAUCGCCAUGAUCGAACUGCCACCUACACACCCCAUUCGCCUAGGCCUCGCUCUUAACUUCUCCGUAUUUUACUAUGAAAUCCUCAACUCGCCUGACCGCGCCUGCAGGUUGGCGAAGGCUGCGUUCGAUGACGCCAUUGCAGAGCUGGACACGCUGAGCGAGGAAAGCUACAAGGACUCCACACUAAUCAUGCAGUUGUUACGCGACAACCUGACACUAUGGACUUCAGACAUGCAGGGAGAUGCGGGUGAAGAACAACCGAACAAAGAGGCGCUGCAAGAUGUGGAGGACGAGCCCCAGUAAGACCUCAGCCAACUUGAGACCCCCCUCCCCCAAAAUAAAAAUAAAAACCUAGUCCCAACAGGAGCCACCACGCCCAAGUGACAGCGGCUCUCUGACCCCCAGGGUCUUAGAGAUAAUCAGUUCUCUUAACUUUUUUUCUUCCCUUAAUUCAAUUCAAAUAUAAAUACCACUUAAUUGAGACGACAUACAAUUUUGGAAAGACAAAGAGUCCCUGGAUAAUUUUAUUUUUCUUGGUACAAGCAUUUCUGAUUUUUAUCUUCAUUAUUGUUUUGUUUUUGCUCUUUCCUCUAUUUUAUCAGUUGCUGGAUGUAUUUUGAGAAUUUUUUUUCUUAAUGUAAUUACAGAAAUUAACUUUUAUUACUGAUAUGUCUAUUAGUUGUGGGAGCUGUAAUAUUUCUGUGUUAGUGAAAGAGAUGCAAAUCAUUAAACCUUCUAAGGGCAAGUCUAAACAAAGUGCUCUUCUUAACUUAGUUUUUCAGAGGAAGUCGGCAAAAUUCGUGAUAUCCACGUGGAGCAAAAUGCUAAACUUUUACACCAUAGUGAUUCUAUUGUGAUGUUUUGGAUUGUACUUUGUGCUAAAAUACUGUAUUGUGCGUACUUGCUGAUUUUCAGAUGGUGGCUGGUAGCGGUUUUAAAAAUCCGAGGGAGCAUUGUCACGUUUAGUAAAGAAACGGCUCUCGAUUGGCUUCUGUUGCAAAAUGACAGGGUUCUAAGUAGAUGAUUUCAAGCCUGCAUGAGUUAAUGAAUAGUUUUUCUGCCUCUUUCCCCUCCUUUACAUUGUUCAUGUUUUUCUUUUCUUUUUGCUGCAUUAUGUGUAACUUAAAGCUAAUUUGUACUACUGGAUAUCUGACUGGAGCCACAGAUAGAGCACCUGUAUUGUUCUUACUGAAACACAGCAUGGAAUUAACAUUAAACAAUCUAAAUUAAACAUACCUAAAAGUC